AUUUCUCAAUUUUUAUGUGGUUUAACAACUAAACAAGAUCAAUUUUAUUCACGAACGUCAUUAAAGAAUGCUUUAUCAGCAAUUAAUCGGCAUCUUCAAAAUGUCAAACCUGGUUGGCGAUAUAACUUACAUGAUAAGAAUAACUUUCUUGACCUGUAUGCCCGAUUUGAUGGUGCUGCAAGAGGCGGUGAACAUGCCAACUUGCAUGUAUCACAAGUUGUAGAUACAUCUGAUGAAGGUACUGCAGGGCCGAAUUCUGAUAUAAGAAAGUAUCUUUCUUUUCGCCCUAAAAAUUUUCCAAGUUCAAGUUUUUACCUUUCUGCUUGUCAUAGUCCAGAUG